GCUAUACAUCAUUGUAUACGACACCACCAAAGAAAUACCUAUUACUUUUAAUGUCUUAGUGAUUGAUAAGUUAGUCUUGAUUUUAAAAAUAUUCGUUGUAGAAAGAGGCUUUUUUUACAUCUUUUGACUUUUCGCAGGAGUUGUCAUACCUAUUGCUUUCUUUAAUUUUUUUUGGAACAUUUGUUGGCUAGCGAAACAGAGAAAUAUAUAGCUAUUUGAAACCAUACCGUAUUAAAUGGCUUCAAGUGUCCUUAAAAUUUUAGUUGACACGCGGUCUUGGCCCGAGCAGGUAAAUCUGCAAUUAUUACUUCCAGAAGAAAAAGUGAAAGUAAAACGAUACUAUUUUGCCAAAGAUGCAAACAUGGCGAUGGCUUCUAUGCUCGUGAAGCGACAGGUACUUGCUACACUCUUUCGUACAAACCCAGACUCUGUACAGAUAAGUGUAGCCGAAAGCGGGCGUCCAUUUUACUUAAAAGAAAUCUCCGAAAACACCGUUUUUGAUUUUAAUGUAUCUCAUUAUGGCGGUAUUGUAGUAUUCGUGGGUACUUGGAUCUCAAAGAAUAGUCCAUUUUCAGCUCAUAGUCCUCGUAACAUUGGUGUAGAUGUUGUCGAGUGUAAAAGCCUCAGUGAGGAAUCCAAUUGGAUGGAAGAUUUUGAAUUUGUAUUCAAUCGAGAACAAUGGAAUUUGAUUUUCUCAUGCGACGAUCGUCUCAUCGCAUUCUUUCUGUUUUGGUCUUGCAAAGAGGCCGUUUUGAAGUCGCUUGGGUUGGGAUUACAUGGUAACCCUGCCCUUGUUGAAGUACAUAUUCCCGUUUUCCAGGAUUUCUUAUACGGAAGCAAUUUACGUGUAUUUCGUGCCGGAACCGCUUCCUAUGCUAAUAAGAAAUUUCAAAUAGAAUUGCAGAAAAAAAUCAUUAGUGAAUCUGUUUUCUUCAUUGCAAUUGCUUAUUCAAUUGACUUAGAAGUUUUGGACUCCGGUUGGAUAGAAGUGUCAGGUCUUACCGAAACUCUUCUUCAACAGAAAAUUAUUGAGAAAUUGAAUUACAUUACUUGA